CGAACUCUCCAGCCCAUUUAAAUACCACUGACAAUUCUUUCCACUUCCAACCAAAUCACCUCGAGUCUCUCGGCAUCACGGACGAGACCGAGAGUUCGAUUUUCGCCGAUCGCUUUAAUUUAAUUACGCAUGGCCCAAGUGUCGCGUAUUAUGCGUAUGUAAAUAGGCUGGCGACGAUGUGGGCCCGAUUCGUGCUGCUGGCCGCCGGUGUGGCCUGUGCGGCGACGGCCGUUUCGUCGCAUUGCCUCUACACGAUCACCGGCGAUAACGGAGACCCUCAGACCUACGACUUCUCCAGCCUGGCGACGAUUGAACCGUGGACGGUGCCUAUUGUGUCCGACUCGAUGCAGAAGUCCGGCACGCUGUUCCUGUCCGUGUGCGGCCCGCUGAAGGGCCUGACGAAGGCCCAGUGCCCUGACGAGGACGCGUCCGGCUGCCUGGCGCGCAAGGACGGCGAGCAGUGGCGAACGUUGGUGCCCUCGGCCGCCGCUGCCACCGCCAACACCACUCUGGUGCUUCGCAAUGGCUCUCCCGUCCUCAUCAUGCCUGGACACUCGCCCUGCGAGCCUGGACGAAAUUAUACAAUCAUUUUGGAAUUGUUGUGCAAUCAAGAAAAGGUGUUGGCGCCGUUCUUCCUCGGGCUGACGGGCUGCGAGAUCGCGCUGGGGUGGAUCACGGCGGCCGCCUGCCCUACAACCAAGACAGGGCGUGCGUGCUCCCUGGCGGCUUCCGGCGGCUACUGGUUCGACCUGUAUCCGCUGGCCAACGACACGGCCUACAGAGUGGCUGGCGCCAACGGCCGCCAGUUCUACCUGAAUCUGUGUGCGCCGGUGGCCGGCAGGUUUUGUCCCGGCCAGAAGGCGGCCGCCUGCGAGGUGAAGGCCAAGACCUCGCUGGCUCGCUACGACGACAGUGUCACCCUGCGACACGCGCCCAACGGCUACCUCGUCUCCACGCAGCGCAGCGACAACGGCUCGGUGGCCCUCGAGAUCCGAUACUACUGCGAGCAAUUGGCGCCCUUGAAGACGCAGCCCAAGUUCAUCAAGCAGGAAAAUGGCAUCACCUACUUCGCCGUCCACUCGCCAUACGCUUGCCCGCCAGUUCCCGUCGAUUGCGUUGCGUACACAAGGCAAGGCGUUAAAAUCGACUUGAGCCCGCUGCGAAAGACGAACAGCUACUGGACCGUCCGCGACCCCCGAUCCAAUUAUACGCACCAAUUGUACUAUAUUAACGUGUGUGCACCCCUUCCACGCAGCCUACCUUCGCCGUGCCAUGCUGGAAAUGUCGGAGCUUGCAUUUCAAACUCAAACCAAUCGGAUUUAGCUCAGCCCCUCGGUCUCGUGGAGCACCCUCCCAGGGUCACAAAGGACGGCGACCUUAUUUUAACCUACAGAGACGGUUCUUUAUGUCCUGAUUUAAUAAACAGGCGUAAAAUCCACAUUAAUUUUAAGUGUCACGACGUGGAAAGAGGACCAGAGUUCCUGAUCGCCAGUGAUGACUGCGUCUACAGUUUUAUGUGGCUCACUCCUGCCGCCUGUGAACCUAAGCCUGACCAGGGCGACAACUGCCGCGUGCUGGACUCUCGGAUGCUGUACUCGUUCGACCUGCGCUCGAUCUACAACAAAAUGCACGACUACGAGGUACAAAUGGAGUCGUACAGUUACCGAGUAAACCUAUGCGGGCCGCUGCACAAGCCGUGCAACAACGUCAAGAACGUGAAUGUGUGCCUUGUGCUGAAGAACGGCACCGAGAUUGCCAUCGGGAUGCGUAACGACCGCCUCGAGUACAGCGACGGCCGCCUCAGCCUCCGCCUCACGGGCCAGGAGUGCCUGCCCGGCGUCAAGAGCAGCGUCACCGCCAUCCUCGCGUGCGAGCACAUUGAUCCUGAUGGAGGGGUCACGCAGCCCCACGUUUUCGCCUCAGGCGCUGGCGACUGCAACUAUUACCUGGUGUGGAACCAUCCUAGGGCCUGUCCGCCGUACAAAGAGGUGCCAUGCACAGUGCAGGGCGAGGACGGCGCCCUGUACGACCUGAGCCCGCUCUCCAGGCGCUCAAUCAACCACAUGGCCCGCACUCGGCUGGGAAAUCCGUCAGGCGUCCUACUAAAUGUCUGCCGCUCCGUUGUUUUCAACAGAGACGCCAACUGCGAGUCUACUUCUGGGGCCUGCCUACGCGAGGGUGACAAGUUCAUCAACCUGGGAAACGUGCAAAAAGGACCGACCCUGGAUAGGAAUGUGCUGAAGCUGCACUACGUGGAGGGAGCCCUGUGCCACGCCCCUCAAGGACCAGUGCAUGUGACCACGACGAUCACCUUCCUUUGCGACGAAGGCGCGAUUGACUCGCAGCCAGAGUACCUGGGCGAGUUCCAGUGCGACCACGCCCUCUUCUGGCGCACGUCGGCCGCCUGUCCGCAGCGGCCGGUCUCGGGACACAACUGCUCCGUCCUCAAUCCGUCCUCGAAGUUCAGGUUCGACCUGAGCCCACUGGCCGGCCAGGACCACUUGGCCACCGACGAUUACGACAACCCAAUCGCGCUGGCCGUCUGCUCGGACCUUUCCAGCACCAAUAACUGUAACGAUAAUGCCUCGGCUGCUUGUUUGACUACCAAGUCGAACGGGAAACUGUCCCUGGGACGCAGCUCCUCUGAGCUCCGCUUCCUACACGGUGGCACCUUGGAGCUCAGGUACAAAGGUGGAGAUGCGUGCGGCGUUGGACGCACCAGAGAGACGACCAUCGAGUUCUUCUGCGGCGCUGAAGGUAGCCUGGAGGGACCCAGGUUUGUCGAAACGCUUCAGGGUUGCAUCACGGUCAUCCACUGGCACACGCGUCUAGCGUGCGAGCAGCAGGUGGCCUGCUCCAACUCGCUGCUCGGCCUGCAGACUGACCUCUCCCCGCUGAUCAGGGUGACGCAGAACUACCGGGCCGAGCUUCCUGACGGCCGAAUCUACUUCCUGAACGUGUGUCGGCCGCUGGUGCCGCAGUCCAAACUCAACUGCGGCGCUGGCGCCGCGGCGUGCGUUGCCCGCAAGCUGGCGGGCGGCAAGAUGGUGGAGGAACUGAGCCUGGGCUACGCGUCCACCAGCCCCACCAUAACGGCCGACGGCGCCCUGCUCAUCUACUCAGGGGGCAGUGCGUGUCCCAGGAGGCCUUCCGUCAACGCCUCCACGCGGAUCGACUUUAUUUGUGACCCCUAUGGUGUCAAUAGCGGGCCGAUUUUUGACAAAGAGUCGCCCGAAUGCCAGUAUUCAUUCAUUUGGCACACAAGCCUGGUGUGCGGCCCUGAGGAGGAAGAGGUGCAAGGCUGCAAGGUGUACGUGAGCCAGCUGAAGCGCUUCCUCAGCCUGGACAGCCUCGGCGGACAAGUCGAGGUGGGCAAGUACACGAUCGACCUGUGCGGCCGCGGCCGCGACUGCAGCGGAAAUGCAGUCUGCCAACGCUCGGCCGAAGGUACCUGGGCCUCCUACGGCAUCCUGCAGAAGGCCGUCCUCUACGGCGACUACCUCAAACUCUACUUUGGCGGCGGAGCCACCUGCGUGACUAAUAAAACGUACGGAGCGGAGGUUUGGCUCGGCUGCGACAGUAAGAGCAACGGAACGGGGGCUCCUAGACUGCUCAUGGAACGGCCGUGCUACGCCAUCUUUGAGUGGAAGUCGGACGCUCUGUGUCUGCAGAGGAACGCCUCGCCGACCCUGCCGACCAGCCGGCCCGACGUCCCCGUCGAACCGGCCCAGCAGGAUGCCAUGCCGGCAAGCCAUUCCUUCGCAGUGGCGUCGCUGGUGCUUUGCAGCGUAAUUACCGUCGCCGCCGUCGUUGUGAUUUUCGUGCGGCGCCGCUACCCGCUGCUCUGCCUCUCGUGGCGCUUCCCCUGGCCCUCGUCUGCCUCGCACACCCAGGUCCACUAUUCGAGGGAGACGCUGAGCACGUACUGAGCGCGCGGAGCGAUUUGCAGGCGCUGUCGGUGGCCGAGGCCAACGCCGCCCUGCACAACCACCAGGAGCUUGAGUGGGACAGCGACGAGGAACUGCUCAAGUUGUGAACCAAGACUGACCCGCCACCAAUUCUCUCACCCCCCCCUCUCUCUCUGUGCAGCUUCGCCGCAAAUUGUGGAAUAACUUCAACUAAUCAAAUUUAGCUGAGAUCCUUUUUGUAACUGAACAUUCCUCUUGUACUCGAUAUUUAUGUAACUAAAACUUAAUGUCCGACUAAAAUAAAAGUAAUGUUUGUGUCUGCGUAUUAAAGUGGAA